AUGCAGCAGCGUUUUCCUGAUAACGCCUUGAAGGGCGGACCACCUACGAACAUCCGCCCUGCGCUCGAGUGCUGCAACAAUGAUGCGCUCUGCCAAGCAUGUCAGCACAGACCGAAAACCCAUAUCGUCAUGAUCGAAGCUAUCAUGUUCCUCAAGACAAACCGAUUGUUCUGGGAUUCAAAGCUUGUAGCCAGAGAGGCACACGCUGAGGAUCGUGAAAAUCAACGAAUUCUGUAG